AUGUUAGGAGAGUUGUCUCUCUUGAUCACUAUCUUAGACACAAAACCACAGGACACAAACCCCUAUACAGAAACCUACAGGACACAAACCCCUAUACAGAAACCUAGAGGACACAAACCCACAGGACACAAACCCACAGGACACAAACCCACAGGACACAAACCCACAGGACACAAACCUACAGGACACAAACCCACAGGACACAAACCUACAGGACACAAACCUACAGGACACAAACCUACAGGACACAAACCUACAGGACACAAACCCCUAUACAGAAACCUACAGGACACAAACCCACAGGACACAAACCCACAGGACACAAACCCACAGGACACAAACCCACAGGACACAAACCCACAGGACACAAACCUACAGGACACAAACCUACAGGACACAAACCUACAGGACACAAACCCCUAUACAGAAACCUACAGGACACAAACCCACAGGACACAAACCUACAGGACACAAACCUACAGGACACAAACCCCUAUACAGAAACCUACAGGACACAAACCCCUAUACAGAAACCUACAGGACACAAACCCCUAUACAGAAACCUACAGGACACAAACCCCUAUACAGAAACCUACAGGACACAAACCCCUAUACAGAAACCCACAGGACACAAACCCACAGGACACAAACCUACAGGACACAAACCCACAGGACACAAACCCCUAUACAGAAACCUACAGGACACAAACCCCUAUACAGAAACCUACAGGACACAAACCCCUAUACAGAAACCUACAGGACACAAAACCACAGGACACAAACCCCUAUACAGAAACCUACAGGACACAAACCCACAGGACACAAACCUACAGGACACAAACCCACAGGGCACAAACCUACAGGACACAAACCUACAGGACACAAACCCACAGGACACAAACCCCUAUACAGAAACCUACAGGACACAAACCUACAGGACACAAACCCACAGGACACAAACCUACAGGACACAAACCCACAGGACACAAACCCCUAUACAGAAACCUACAGGACACAAACCUACAGGACACAAACCCACAGGACACAAACCUACAGGACACAAACCUACAGGACACAAACCUACAGGGCACAAACCUACAGGACACAAACCUACAGGACACAAACCUACAGGACACAAACCCACAGGACACAAACCCCUAUACAGAAACCCCAUACACAAAAACAACUUAG